AAUAAUGGAUCAGACGGCGGAGGAGAAGAUGGUGAGAGAGAGAAUCAGAAAGAGAGUUAACGAAGUCAGUUCUGUAUCUCAGUCUCUUCUUUCUCCAGUACAAGACCACAUCAAUUUCACCCUUCAAAAGGCAUACUUCAAAUGUGCAUAUGAGUGCUUUGAUAGGUCAAGAACACACGCUGAGAUUAGUCGAUGUGCAGAGAGUUGCAGUGUUCCAAUCACCAAUGCACAGAACUACUUCGAUAACGAGAUGUCUGUGUUCCAAGAGAGGUUGAAUAGAUCUCUUGUGGUUUGUCAAGACAAGUUUGAGGCUGCUAAGCAUCAGAAGAGUAGAACUGAAGCUGUUGAUGGUUUGGAGCAGUGUGUGAACCAAACUGUUGAUGUAGAAGCUGUGAAGACUCUGCCUAAUCUCGUGGAAAGAAUGAAGAAAGCUUUGUCAAUCACAGACCUAUCUCCUCCGUAACUAUAUUAUAAUAGCGACUCUUUCUGAUUCUUUGAAAUUAAAUUUUAUUUGAUCUCAACAAACUCGAAUACAUUCCUUGGUUGGCAAAAGCUCACUUCA